AUGGACGAGGAACUGUUAAAUAUUGAACAACCAAUUAUUUUUGAUGAGUCAAUUGCACAUUAUGAAGUGCACACUCAGCAGCCAUACACCUCAUCAACGUACAAUAAUAGUGACGAAAUUCGAAUCGCUGUACAGAAUCAAGAUCAUUGUCUACUUCCGAGCAAAAGUUCCAUUCAUAUCAGUGGAAAACUGUUGAAAACUGAUGGAACGCCUGUAACACACACAUCUCUGGUUUCUAAUGGCGUUUGCCAUUUAUUUGAAGAAGCAAAAUACGAACUCAAUGGUGUAGAAAUUGAUAAAAAUAAAAAUGUAGCUCUUACAAGCUUAAUGAAAAAUUACGUUUCUUUUGAUGCUACUCAAAGCAAAUUUCUUGAAAAUGUUGGUUGGUUAGACUUUACUAAUGAUGCAACAUUGACUAAUGCACAAGGCUAUUUCGAUGUUUGUAUUCCGUUAAAUAUGAUUUUCGGCUUUGCUGAAGAUUAUAAAAAAAUUGUUGUAAACGCUAAACAUGAGCUCAUUUUUACAAGAUCAAGAAUAGAUUCAAAUGUAGUUCGUCAAACUGCACCUAUUGAAGAAUAUAAAAUUGUCAUUGAAAAAGUCGAAUGGCUGUUACCGUAUUUAAAAUUAUCAGAUGCUCGAAAAUUUAAAUUAUUAAAGUAUAUAGAAAAGGAUCCGUCGAUUUCAAUUAGUUUUCGAACAUGGGAAUUAUAUGAGUAUCCUUUAUUACCAUUAACGCAAAAACAUAUUUGGAGCGUAAAAACUUCAACGCAAUUAGAGAAACCUAGAUUUAUUAUAUUAGGGUUUCAAACAGGAAAAAUAAUACUACGCAAAAUUCCAGUCAUUUUGACCAUUGUAACAUUUCUGAUGUAA